CAGCACGUAUGGUCAUCAACUUUCCUGAUGUACCUCAACAGCUGCAGGCCACUUCACAGGCCCACUCCCUGUGUAAAUCUAUGCCGUUGCCAUUUGGCUCUCAGUCCUCACACACAGUGCUGCAGUGCCUAUCCAAGUGAAGACUUCCACCAGGACCAAGCUGACCAUAUACACCCGCUAAUCCCUAGAGCAUACACUAGGCCGACUCAGCGUGGCCCAGUUGUGUUUUAUCUUGACAGAAGCAGAGCACAGAAGAGCAGGAAACCUGUGAGGCACCAUGCAAAAGAGCACGAAGUUGAAGAUCACAUUCGUAGUCAUCCUGGUAGGCAUAGUGUGCAUGUUCAUGGCCGUGGUGUCGGAUCACUGGGCUGUGUUAAGCCACAAGGUGGACAGUGUAAACAGUACUUGUGAUGCAGCCCAUUUCGGCUUGUGGAGGCUCUGCAAGAAGAAUAUUUACAUCGAGGAUCCAGAGAGCGUGGGUAAAGGAUGUGGACCGCUAAGUCUGCCAGGAGAGGUCAACUGCUCCUACUUCAGACACUUCACUCCUGGACAAGACUCUGAGAUCUUUGAGGUUAAGACACAGAGAGAGUACAAUAUCUCAGCAGCAGCCAUUGCUGUUUUCAGCCUGGCCUUCAUUAUUCUGGGAACGCUGUGCCUGCUGGGAUCUCUAAGGAAGGGCAAGGACUAUCUCCACAAACCUGCUGGAAUGUUUUAUGCAUUUGCUGGUAUAUGUGCCAUCAUUUCAGUUGAGGUGAUGAGGCAGUCAGUAAAGAGGAUGAUUGAGAGUGAGGACACCAUCUGGAUUGAGUACUACUACUCCUGGUCCUUCGCUUGCGCCUGCACAGCUUUCGUCUUCCUUUUCUUCAGCGGGAUUGCUCUUCUCAUCCUCUCCAUGCCUCAAAUGCCUAAGAACCCAUGGGAGACCUGCAUGGAUGCCGAGCCUGAACAGAUUGAAUAAAUCCAGGCCAUGUUAAAGCCUCAUUGUUCGAAUAGGGCUCAAACAAACACCACGAAUUAUUUUCUUUUGUUUUAGGAGACACCCGUGUCUAGUUUUGAUGCUGUAUAACCAGGGCGUAGCUGGAGGGAUUUCGGGUUUGAACCUCCCUGAAAUAUUUUAUAACAAAUCCAUUUAAUGAUGUGUAAACACACUGGUUUAACUUACUGGAACUGAUUUGACAUGUUUUGAGCUGUAAAUGUGCAUAAUUAUGUUAAAAGGUCUAUAGAUUUAACGUCAAAUAAACGCACAUUGGUUUAAUUGCAGUUUAUCGCCUACUAGCUGCUAAACAAGCUUCUCUGAGAUCAGACAAACUUCCUGUUUGUGUUUGAAAGCUAACAGAAAGCUAGCUAUAAUCUAAGCAAAGUAACCAAAGUAGUAUUCAAUGAAACUACUGAUUUACUCAGUGAUUUACCCCAGGAGGAGAAAAUAUGUAGGAUAGAUUCAAAACAAAGAUAAAAUGUCUUUAUGAGCUGAUUGUAAUAAUUUCUGUCAUAAAGGUCUUCCAUCUAUUAAUAUUAUUGAUAUAGCAAUAUGAGUUGAUCAUGACAAAUUAUGACUGAAUAUCAGUAUUGCUUUUACUGCUAUCACAUUAGCAUGUCACACUUAGCAAAUGAUUUUGUUCAUAUUUCUUUACCCUAAACCCACCUCUGAAAUGAAUUCCUAGCUAUACCACCGUAGUCAGGACAUUAAGAGUUGGACACAUAUAUACUUUGUGAGCUGUGGUUUCUAAAAAUCCUUAUCUUUAUUGAAAUAAUAAGGUGAUUCCACUUUUAUUUCAGUUCUGCCUUGAAUUAGCCAUCAGAGAUUAACUCUGUAUAAUAUUAUUAACACGUUUGAAGCCCGAUGCGACUGAAUAGAGUUCUGCUUUAAAUGUGUGUUUUGUUGCUGUACAUAUACAGACCCUUUGUAUCUUUGGCUUGUCAGGAACUUGUAGUAUUUUGCCUGUGUACAUUUUAAAAAAGGGUGUGAUAAUCAUACUAUUCUAACCUAUAAAUAUAUAUAUAUAUAUAUAUAUAUAUA